CCGUCGGCUGUUACGCAAGCGGGGUGUACGCUGUAGCGCCCCUGUUGAAACUCUAAUUUGCGAUAACUUAAAAUUACUAUCAGCUGCAGCUCGCAUCGAACUUCGAAUUCCAUGACACUGGGCAAAUCAAGUCCACAAAUAACCCUCUCGUCUACGCUUCAACGGGCUGGCCUUGUUCCCAUAGGCAAUGGAAUUUACCUCCGUAGAGAGAUACCGCCCUCCAAAUCCUUCAGUGACACUACCAUAUAUACCAAGUCCUCCAAUCCCUUGCUCAGGGAGCCAAACAUAAUUCUUGUCUUCGGAUGGAUGGGUGCCAAACUUCCUCAUAUUUUCAAAUACACGAAGGUAUACGAAGAUAUGUAUCCAAAUGCUACCCAAAUCAUUGUCCAAAUUGCGGAGGUUCUGGAAGCCCAUGGAUGCACAAGGCAAGAAUCACCUCGAGAUGGCAAUUCACCUCGUAUUCUAGUGCAUAGUUUUUCAAAUGGCGGGGGGCUUCAGAUGUACACAUUGGGUAACCUCCUUCGUGCAAGAUCAGGUUCUUCCUCCAGCUCUCGCAGACCAUCGCCUCACGUAUCCGCAGUUGUCAUCGAUUCAUGUCCAGGAAAUGCAUCAUUUCGUGGGGCUAUCCAAGCCUUCACGGCCGCCCUCCCCAAAAAUUCUCUACUGCGCAUCCCUGUGAUAAUUUUCAUCACACUUCUAUAUGGCUUCGGUAUCAUUAGACACCGGAUAUUCGGGGUUAAGCCUAUAUUCGAGCGGCUGAAAGAGGGGCUCUUGCGCAAAGGCUCCGAAGGUGGAAUACUCCCUUGGAUGACUGAGAAGACGCCGAGGAUGUACAUUUGCUCAAAGAAGGAUGAAUUAAUACCUGUGGAACAGGUUGAAGAGCACGUCAAGGAAGCGAGACAUAGAGGAUUGAAUGCGAAAAUUGUGGUGUAUGAAGACACACCGCAUGUCGCCCAUGCUAGACGAUAUCCGGAACAAUACUGGGGCGCGGUGAAGGAUUUGUGGGUUCAGGCUGUGGAAGGUCAAUGACUUAGCUCAUACACCUUAAAGUACAAGAUGAUUUACAUCGUCGAAAUGAGAUGCAAAGAUCGUACCAAACAGAAAUGCAAUCAAGAGUUGGCGUCGCUACUACGUAGACUCGGUAAAUAACAUAUCUCACACCCUCGAUAGUACGCGCUAAUAUUUACCUGUUGUUGCACUUGACAUAGUAUGAUUCUUCAACAAUGCGAA